CCACGCAGUAGACUUGAUAUCACCACCCACCGCCACCCACCGCCACAGAAGUGCCGCCGCGCCGCCCGCGGGCUGCUCACCCGCCGAGUCCUGAGCAGCCUACUUAUCGAGAGGGCGCAGAACUGCGAUUUAUCGGCGACCACAACAUUUCGUGAUCUGCGGAACUUAGCCCGAGCGGUCUGCAAGAGUGGGGUGAUCAGCAAAACGGCCAUUCUUUAGACAGGUUCCAUGAAAGACAUGGGCAAUUAGGCUCACAAAUAAAACAUGAGCGACUCGAUUUCGUUCCUUGUGUGAUUAUUGCCAUUCGCCAUCCUGCUAAACGUCAAUUGCUUGUCGCUCAAAAAACUCCGUGUAACGACUGACUCACUUUUGCACGAGGGUCAAAAACA